GAGAGGCAGCCCGGAAUGGUGAUUGGACUUGGCUCUACAAGCCGGAGCGGGGACGGCAGGGCUGCGAGAAGCGGUCUGGAGAGACUGGGGCAGACGUCGCGGGGGACCCUCUGCGGACGUGUUCUGAACGUUCCGGCUCCCGAAACCCCUUCUCUGGCCGCGAAGAUGCCGCAGGGUCCGGCCCCCACCUCGCGGCUUCCGCAGCCGGAGCAGCGCGCACCGCCACCGCGCCGCCCCCCAGGCUGCGCGCCCUGCUGAAGCCUGGGGACAGCCUGGGGAAGGAGGUUGAGGCCAGCCGGCUGAGGGGCGCGCUCUGGGGUCUCCGGCUAGACCGGCUCCCAGCGGUCUCCGCAGCCACAACCAGGCUCUACGCCGCCCCCGGUGCCGCGGGGGCCGAGAGUCCUCCCUUCCUCGGACACCGGAGCUGGAGUGGGCCUUUCCCUCCCGCGGACCGCGCCGUAGGGGACGCCGAGAAAAGAGCCGCUGCGCCCGCCGCCUCCAGCCCGCUGCGCUGA